AUGUGGAUGAGAAAAACCGAGGUGAACUUAAAGAGGUUACUUGUAACUGCACCACAACAGCAAAAUCAAGCAAAGCUUAUACAUUAUGUUGCCACUUUGAGGGAACUGCUAGAGCAGUUGGUUGAAGAGAGGAAUCCUGAUGGAUUACCAAGGAUUUCAAAAGCCAAGGUGAAUGAAUAUGCUGAGAACAUUGAAUCUGUUGCUGCCAAGUUAGCCGUGCCCACGUCUGAUAUGUAUACGUCCAAUGAACCUGAGAUUUCCAGCAGUGGAACUCCUAAAGCAGAAGGAAGUUUGAAUUCUGCUUCUGAAGGAUUGAGAAGAAGAUUUGGGGUCCAUUCAAACAAUGAGGAGAAAUCCCAAGAUACCAUUGGUUAUGAUCAAUCAUCAGCUGCAGUUAAACUAGAUGAUGCUGCACGGACACAUAUUGAGAAGCACAGGAAACUUCAGGAGGAUUUGACUGAUGAAAUGGUCGUUUUGGCACGACAGCUCAAACAGAGCAGUCUUACGAUGAAUCAAUCCAUCAAAAACACCAAGAAAAUACUUGAUUCAACUGAGAAAGCAGUUGAGCAUAGCCUGGCAAGUACAUGGCAUGCAACUUUCAGAGCAAUGGAUGUGUAUUCGCGGAGUUUCAAGACAACAUGCUUCCAAUGGCUUUUGAUCUUUGUCAUGACUUAG